AAUUUAUUUUAAUAUAUUUUCAUUUUUAUAAUAGUAUAUAUAAAUUUUAUGUAAAUUUUGUAAUAUUAUACAUAGAAAUAAUUAAAAACAUUAUAUAUUUUUUUUAUUUUUAAAUUAUUGUUAAUAUUUUAUAUAUAUUAAUAUUAUUUUUUAUUUAUUUUAAGGAUCAAAAUCCGGAUCCGGAUAUCCGCCGGAUAUUAUAAUUUUUAGAAAGAUAUCCGACUCCCGGAUAUCCGCGAACCCCGGAUUCGGAUAAGGAUAAUAAAAUUAUGGAUCCGUCGGAUAAGGAUCCGGAUCCGAAUAUCUUAAAAUUGUCCGGAUACCCGAUCCGUUCCAGGCCUAGUUGUAACACCCCGCAUGAGUUGACUACGACUUGCUUUAUCAAUUGUGUUCGGUUUGGUUACUUCGUUCUAUAAAACAAUUUUGUUAGUUGUCUAAGUAUAUUUUUGAUUUUGAUUUUUUUUUACGUACACCGGUUUUAAAAUCAUAAGAACUUAGUUUUGGUAUUUACUAUAUUUUUAUUUAUUAUCCAGUCUAAGCAGUAAGAGCACUAUUACUACAUUCAUUGAUUAGCUAGAUAAUUUUGUUCAGUAGAAAUUCAUCUUCUUGCAAUUUUUAUCUUCUAAUGACCAGCAAAAAAAAAUUGAAUGAUUCAGUGAGAAACCUCAAACUUUUGAACUGAUACAAACUUGUUUAUCUACAUCAAGGUAUAUUUAGAAUGAUUUCAAUAUAAUUAACUUGUUUUUCAAAACAAAAUGACCGAAUUCAUAACCCACAUGAAAUUUUUUGGGUCAUCGACUUAUUAUGUAAUGGUACAAAACUGGGUACAAAAGGGUCCAUCGAUUUGGACUAAGAAAAAGCAAAUUGAUAAUCGCGAAAUACCUAACCUUGAUACAAAAUAUCAUUUAAAUAGACAAAAUUUUACACUAUAAAUACAAACACACACCACCUUCAUUUCUUCACACACAACUAUUUCUCCCACUCACAAAACAAAAAAAAUGGCUACCCAAAUAUCGAUUUUAAAAAACACUCUCGUCCUUUUUCUCUUCACCUUAACCAUCCUAACAAAAACCGCGUUCUCUCAACACUGCGGUUUUACAGGAUGUGCGAGUUUCAUGUGCUGCAGUAGGUAUGGAUACUGUGGCACCACAGCCGAUUAUUGUGGCACAGGAUGCAGAAGCGGACCUUGCAGCUACGAAAGCGGUGGUGUAGGUCUCAACGCUGGCCCACGUGAUAGAAUUCCAAAUGUUGUCACAACAGCAGUUUUUGCUGGUAUCAUGAGCAAAGUAGAAAACGGCUGCCCAGCAAAAGGUUUCUACACUCGUCAGGCUUUCAUCUCGGCUGCUCAAUCGUUCCCGGCCUAUCGAGGAACUGUCGCUAAGCGUGAAAUCGCCGCCAUGUUGGCUCAGUUCUCACACGAAUCUGAUAGUUUUUGUUACAAAGAAGAAAUAGCAAGAGGAAGGUACUGCCAAGCUAGCUCAGUCUACCCUUGUCAACCGGGAAAGAACUACUACGGUCGUGGUCCUAUCCAAAUCACGUGGAACGAGAACUACGGUGCAGCCGGAAAGUUCCUUGGACUCCCUCUAUUGACUGAUCCAGAUAUGGUGGCUCGGAAUCCUGAUGUGGCCUUUAAGUGUGCCAUGUGGUUCUGGAACGAAAAGGUUCGUCCCGUCGUGGACCAAGGCUUUGGAGCCACCACACGUAGGAUUAACGGUGGGGAGUGCGACGGUGGGAGUCCGACAAGGGUGCAAAGCAGAGUUAAUCGCUACUUGGAGUUCUGUAGGCAGUUUGGGAUCUCUCCUGGAACAAGUCUUAGUUGUUAAAGACAUUAAAUGUGGUUAAUAUGGCAACCUUCAUGCUAUCAUGUUGGUCUCGCGCGUGUGAGUUACUAAGUAAAUGGUGUGUGAAUAAAAAGGUUAUGAGGUGUAACCUAAUGAAUGUAACAUACUAUCAUGUGUUGUCUGUAUCAGUUGUCAUAAAAUAAUGUAUCCAUAAUAAACACUUGUGAUUCUU